UAGUAACGCUUUGUUUAUAGCCAAGUUGCUACAGAAAUGCAAAAACACAGGAAUUAUAGCACAAAAGCAAGAAUAAGAUUGGAUCCACACAAUCACUAUGAAGCAAUUCGAGAUAUUGAACGUAGGCAUAUGGAGGACAACGCAGAAGAGGGCGAAGUUGAGGAGCAAUUGGAAAAUGAGGACAAUUUGGAACUAGAAGAUGUCGUUCCUUCUGACAUACCAGAUGGUCCAGAUAUAGGUCGCAUUGACAUUUCUUUCCCAGAAACCAUAGACGAUUUUAAGGACUCGGAACUGUGCUAUCCCCCAUCCUACUAUACUCUCUCGCCCAAGGAACGACUGCUGCUUUUAUAUGCAGAAAAUUUUCGCCAUCAAUUCGCCUUAAAUAACCAUAAGAGUAGGCCUCUUGUUCUAGCUCCACCAAAUGAAUGCAAUGUUCAGAAAUUUGUCUGCACUACUAUUCGUCCAACAUCAUUCCUGAACAUCGAUCUAAGAAGCAUUGAGGGAAUUGCAAGUUUUGUUGCUGAUUUCAUUAUAUAUGAACCAUUUGAUGACACCAUACAUUUUCCGAACCGAUUAAUAUCGCCGGCCACAAUUUUGAAAAGAAGGCGUGGAAAUAGUUUUGAAAUGUCCACUUUGUUAUGUAGCAUGCUAAUAGGAGCGGGAAUCGAUGCUGUAGUAGUAUCAGGAGUGGCUCGGACCGAAGUUGUCGAUAAUGACCAAAGAGCUAUUUUGUAUCCAAGUAAUAUCUACAAUUUUGAGGAAGAACCAGAGACAGAUGUGGAACCUGCUGCGAAAAACCGAUUUAGCUUGGGGGCUAUGCCCGAUUUACAGAGCCAGUUAGAAAACAAUAUAGCGAAGAUAGUGAAGAAAAAGGAGGAUCAAAAACAACGGAAGGAAGCAUUGAAACGAGAACAAGAGGAAUUGGAGCAGCGUGAUGCCGAUAGAUAUCGUUUUCGACGUCCACAUGCCUGGGUUGCAGUAAUUAAGAGCUCAUCAUUUGACAAAAAUUCUGAAAUUGAUGGCGACGACAAUGCUCUGGAGGCAAUUUCGGUAGAUUUUAUUGAAACUUCAAAUGGAUUUUACCGUAGCAGUAGCUGCAUGGAAUAUACCAUUGUUGACAGUGUGUGGAACCAUCGUCAGUAUUAUGUUAACAAACAAAAAUAUGUACGAAUCGGAGAGAUUCGGUGGGAUUUACAGAAUACUAAAGACUGGGAGCGGCUUUUGCCUGGAGAGCAAGUAAUGGAAAAUAUGCCAGAAAAUCUGGACGACGUUAUGCAGGAGAAGCAUCUUAAUACGAUUCCCUCUUGGGUUUCGAAACUACUAAUUGGUGAGAAGGAGUAUGAAGAGAAAUUUCCCCACCUAGAAAAAACGGUUCUCUAUAAAAAAGUUAAGCAUCAGCGAUUUUCACCUUACUUCAAUAGAGACGGAAAGGUCACGCAAUUGACGCUCUUCGAUGAUGAUGACUACACUAAACCGCUGGUUGACUGGAUAUACUUUGAAAAUCGUACAGAUAUGUUGCUGCAGAUAAAAAAGAACCAUAGAAAGGCGGAAGUUGAAGAAAUCUUUGGAAAUGGCCGCAAGGAUAAUUUGAAGUGUAUACGAUCAAAUGUGGACCCUAGCAAACUCAAAGAAUUGUUCUUCUUUUCAACUGUUCGUCGCGAUUCUAUGGAGUAUUUAAAAGUUGAAAAUGAUCGGAUAAUUGUGAAGAGCAAAGAUCGAAGAGAUUUGUGUUUCUACCAAGAAUUUGAGUUUAAGCCAGGCGGAGAACAUCUAAAAAAAAUUAUUCAAAAGUUUAGUCGUAAUAACAGCAUUCCUGCCUCAAAGGAUAUUGCCGAACGCACAUUUCUAAUAACGCAACAAAAAAUUCUUUUGAAAUUUCAAUACGCCCCUGGAGCGUUAAUAGCAUCCACAUGCGAGAUAACUAAACCUCCAAAACCCGAUUACGGACUCGAGAUUAUAUAUGACCAAUCAAUGGUUAAGACAUUUAAGGCUAACAACGAUGAACCUGAUCCCUUGCAACUAGAAAUGUAUCGCCUGAUGAUGGAUCAGUUGAACAGUGAGGAAAUUGCAAAAAGAUACUUCAAAAAGUUAACGGAAGAAAUAAAUCUAAUAUUCGAUAACCGGAAAAAUGAAAUGGAAAAUCCAGUGCUAAGUUUUCGUCUAUUUGAUUCUAUGCGUAAUGGUGCGGCGCGCUCUCAACGCUUGAAACAAGAAGAGGCUUCCGUUUCUUGCAAAUCGUGAGGAAACUUUAAAUUUAUUGUUAUGGACGUUUAAUUUUGAACCUAACCCAACAUUGAACUUACAAAAUUAAAAAAAAUUGUUUA